AUGGGUUCAUUGCUGACAGAUAAACGAGUGGUGAUAGAUGAAGAAGGAGCAGGGAAUAAAUUCAAAGAAUAUAAGUUGCUGUUAGAAGAGAUGACUCAGAUAAGUGUUUUCAUUUUGGGAUUUGGAAAUAUUGGAAUAGAGUUGGCAAAGCGCUUGAGAGUUUUUGGUGUAAAAAUUAUUGGUACAAAAAGGAGCUGGACUUCCCAUAUGAAUGGUCAAAAUGGUGUUAAUGAAGAUUUGGUUGAUGAGAAAGGAGGUCCGGAAGAUAAUCACAAAUUUGCAAGCAAGGCAGACAUUGUUGUUUGUUGUUUAUCCUUAAACAAUGAAACUGUCGGCAUUGUCAACAGGUCAUUUAUUUCCUCAAUGAAAGAGGAUGGGCUAUUAGUAAAUAUAGCCAGAGGGGGUGUAUUGGAGUAUGAAUCUGUUUUUGAAUACCUGAAAUGUGGACACUUGGGAGGGUUAGGCAUAGAUGUUGCUUGGAGAGAGCCAUUUGAUCCCGAUGAUCCAAUUUUAAGCUUCAAAAAUGUUAUAAUCACCCCUCAUGUGGCUGGAGUUACUGAAUUUUCUGUUAGAUCCAUGUCUAAGGUAGUUGGUGAUGUUGCUAUUCAACUGCAUGAAGGAACUACUCUGACAGGGAUUGAGUUCGUAAAUUGAUGCAAAUGCUAAUGCUAUAAUGUAUUAUCUUAUUAUUAUUAUUAUUAUUAUUAUUAUUAUGUAAUAAGAUUGCUUUUUAUAGCACAAAAGAGAGGCCAACCAAGGCGACGAUGACAUGUACUCGAAAUGUCUUCUAUGUGGUGAGAACUAAUAUCCUUUUAAACAUUUCAGAUUAUUAAAUAAUAAUAAAGUUUGGGUGUUAUAUAAACAUAUAUGCGAGUAUGACCA